AUGCUAAAUGAAAGAUUACCAAUGACAACAUACUUCAUUCGAAACUAUAUAGAAAUCUUGAAGGAGUGUGGUGGAAUGAACAUUGAGAAACAGAUGAAGAUUUAUACAAAGAGAGAAGAUAAAUAUGUAGUUCGUUAUGAUAGAACAACACCGCUAUGGGAUGUUAUGAAAACAUUGUGGGAGUGCAAAUAUUUCGAACCUAUUUCUUAUGGAGAACUUUUCACAUAUACUACUGACUUAUAUAAACAGAACCUUGCACCAUUUAAAGAUUUGACAUAUGCUCCAAAGUAUUGUGUACAACUGAAGAAGAAAGCAGAGUCAAAAGAAGUAAAUAAAGCUAAAUGUAAAUUCAUUCCUGAGCACGUUUUCUUUGCUGACUUUGAGUGUAGCACAGACGGCUUUCAUAAAGCUUUUAACAUCUGUUAUGACAGUGAAGAUGGUUCAGUGAGUGAAAGCAUUUGGGGUCAAAACUGUGCAACAGAAUUUUUGGAAAGACUUCCUGACAAGAGUUUAAUAUAUUUCCACAACCUCAGUUAUGACAUAAACUUCAUCUUAAGACACAUGACAGAAGUGAAAGGAACUCCCAUCAUUAAAGGUUCACGAACAAUGCAAAUAACUGGUUUAUAUAAAGGACGGGCAAUUAUUAUAAAAGACUCUUACAGUGUUAUAAAUAAGAAGCUUAAACUAUUUCCUGCUAUGUUUAACUUACAAACAGGACCGAAAGAAGUAUUUCCAUAUAACUACUACAGCAGUGUUUUGUUAGCAAAUGACAACAGAACUGGUGUCAUUUCUGAAGCAUGUAAGUUUAUCCAUGAUGCAGAUACAUUCAUGAAAAACAUAGAUUCCAUCAAAGGUUGCAGAAUAGAUGAAAACCACUUCGACUUAGAAAAAUAUAGCACGUUUUACUGCAAACAAGAUGUAAGAAUUUUAAGAGAAGGUUUUGUAAAGUUCCGCAAUGACUUAUUGAAAGAGUUUGAUUUAAACGUUUAUGACUACGUUAGUAUUUGUUCUAUUGCUAACAAAUUGUUUGAGAACAGAGUAUACUUCCCGAAUGGAAAUCUUUAUGACCUCUCAAAUAAACCAAGAGAAUUUAUUUCGAGAUGCAUUCAAGGUGGAAGAUGUAUGUUGUCAGAUAACAUGAAACAAAAGA